CGAUUAAUGACAACCAAGUCAAAAGCAAAGAUGAAGCGUGUGUCUGGAAUAUCCACUUUUGAUGUUUAUAUCUCAAAUUUGCCAAAGGGUGAAAAUGAUUCCAUCGAGAAAAAAAUUUCCAAGAUGUUCACAAAGUUUGGUGAAACAAAAGCCCUGUUUAUCAAGGAAAACAAUCAAGGAAAAUAUGCAAUUGUAAAAUAUAUGUGCGAAGAGGAUGCAGAAAAGGCAAUAAAUGAGUGCAAUGGAAUUCUUCUAGACGGAACUCCACUUUUAUGCAAGCGCAUGGUGGAGAAACGACCAAACAAACCAUCAGGUGGUGGUGUUGCAGGAGCACCAGCAGGAAUCAAAGACAACUUAGCAAAUAAAUUUCAAAGAGGCCCUGACAUCGUUCCAGCCAUAGAAUUAGCUUCAUCCUCAUCUCCUGGUCCACCAGAAUUAGAACAGCAAAAUCAAUCAGCAACAUGGGGUUCCCGAAAUAUGCAGAUGAUUAUCAUGCAUGCAAUGAUUACCCAUGUAGAGACACCAACGUUACUUUGGGCACAAGUAUUGAAUGACUCCAAAGUAGAAGAACAAUCACAGAUCACCGUCAGAUUAGCAGAAGUGUGUCCAACAGCUUGUGCUGUACAGGGCAGCAUUGACAUGAACAAGAUAUAUGGAUGCAAAUUCUCAGAGGAUGGUCUAUGGUACCGUUGUCAGGUCAAAAGCAAGCAUAAUUCUGACAAGAUGAAAGUGCAAUACAUAGAUUUCGGCAAUUGUGAAGAAGUCAAUCCCAAGGACCUUGUGGAGCUCCCCGAUGAUCUGACAACACCUAAACCUUGUGCUAUUAAAAUAGUCCUCCAUAACAUUCGCUACAAUAUUGCCAAGGAAAAAGAGGCUAUUGCUUAUGUUCGAGAACAAACGGAGAACCAGUAUAUUGACAUUCAGUCUAGAUUUCGUUUGCCAGAUGGCUCUGGUCAUUUUGUAGAUGUAUAUGUGAAUGGGCUACAUCUCAACCAAGACCUUGUGGACAAGGACUUUGCUGUGCAGAAAAUGCUUAACAAAGCAAUGCUUCCACGUGGUGGAGGAGAUGCCUCUACACGUCCACCAUUUCCAAGUGGAGAGAGUGUAGGAGCUGGGGUUCUUGGCUCACUGCCAACAAACUCGGGUUUUGGAGGACCUGGUAUUGGACCCCUGGGAAGCGGCUCUAGGCAAGUUGUUGGAGAACCUGGGAAAAUAAGAGUGACAAUUGGAGGUGGACCUGGAAUAUCAUCCUCUUUCUCAGACCAGCCUUUUUUGAAGCCAGACCAGUCUAUUUCAGAUAUUAAACAAGAUCUGAAAGUUAAAGCAAGAAAUUUGGAAAAGAUAACUAAAGAAAGAGACAUUGCGUGUGCAGAACUAAACAGCCUCAAGGGAAAAAUUAAAAAUAUGCAGUCUGAGUUUUCAAGACUCCAGGCAAGCAACAUAACAGCACUAAUUCACAGAGCCGCAGACAUGGCUGAAAAAGUAAGAAAAAUUAGAAGCCAGUUUUCACAUGACCAGCCAUCACCAGUUGAGGAAGCCAUAAAGCUUGCAUGCAGCACAGACAAGCUGCAAGACAGUUCCAUCCCAAGCUUAUCAGCAGUGAUGACUACUUUAAAAAACUAUCGUGCUCAACAGAGUGAAAUUUGCCAGCUCACGGAUGCAAAACCAUCCCAGGAAAUGCUGGAGAGCAGAAAUGUCACACGCAAGUUGCUUUACAAACAACUGACUUCCUGCAUACAGGAGAUGGAGCAAAUGCCUAUCACAGAACGCGUUCAGAGCAUUUCGCAAACCUUGGACAAGUUGAACUGUCAGUAUGAUGCCUAUUUCAGCAUGUCUAUCCAAGAAACACCAGAUUUGCCUUCUCUUUUGGCACAGUAUGAUAAUUUCAAGACACAGAGAAAGGAGGACUUUCGAAAUGCUAGACUGCAAACUGAUCAGCAGGAAGCUAUAGUUGGAACUGCUUUACAAAAUAUUAGAGAGCAAAUGUCUGUGACAUCUGAUGGACACCGGGAUGCUAGUGAUCUGGACUUGAGUUGUCAGCUGCGGCAGUACUGCCAAUGUCUACAACAUGAAGUUACUGUCACAAACAUUGAAGGAAGCCAGGAUGCCAGUUUCAUUGCCUCCUUAGUGCAGACAGUAUACAGAGAGCUCAAGUCUGAAGUGUUGUGUGCCAACAAUUUUUUGCGCAUGCAUUCUGAGUUUAGUGCUCUACACAGCAGCAUAGAAGGCUGGCUGGACAACACACCCACCAUGGACAAGCUGAUGGCUUGCAGGCAGACACUGAAGGUUCUUCGUUCAAAACUGCGGCAUCGCCUGGCGGACAAACAUGAUGCAGAGGAGAAUGAUGAUAAGCAGCUCCAUGAGAUUGAAAAGGAUGUGAUUUCCAUCCAAAGAGAGAUCCACGAGAGUCUGAUUGCAGAAGACAAGGAAAUGUCAGAGCUUGCCAAGUUGGUGGACAGUCAUUUCCCAGAGCUUCUCCUACAGCACCCUGACUGUGGCAUCGACAUUUAUCUGACCUACAAUGGACUCAUAAAACCAAGCCAUGAAGUCGAUCAUUUUGAUCUUAAGCCAGUCCCAGCAGCAAAUGGUGGCCUCUUUUAUUCGAUGUUUGCUGGCAAUUGUGUCAUUAUCAUGGAAUGCCUGCUGUCAGAUGGCCACCACAUGGGCAGGGAAGAAUUUCUAGCUCAGCUAACAACUUACAACAGUAUCUCCCACCCUGCCUUGCUUCACCCUGUCACUGUUUUCUUUGACAAGAAUAAUCGUCACGCCUAUCUGCAGUUUGAGAAAGAUGGAGACAUUCUGGCCAAUUACGUUGAACACGCCAGACUAACAAAAAUGGAUGUUUAUCAGGUAGUGAAGUCUGUUGUGGAGGGUCUCAAGAUGCUGCAUGAGAAGAAAGUACUGCACGGAGAGGUGCAUCCUCACAACAUUAUUCUUCGACCUGAUGGGACAGCAGGGUUACUUCCUCCUGACCUGUCCUGCUGUCCUCUGGAUCGAGCCAAGAACAAGUACGCAGCUCCCAAUGGUAUAGAGUUCAUUGAUCCUGCAGUGCAGUCCUUGCCAGCCAACUCAGAACCAAAUGGUUCAGUUGACAUUUUCAGCGUUGGUGUUCUGACCCUCUGGCUGUGCUGUCCAACAACUCGAGUCCGCUGCAAGCCAGAUGGCAGUAUUGAUGUGUCUCAGCUGUCACUUGACCAGUGGGCUAGCGGGCUUGUAAAAACCUUGACAGCCCAUGUUCCGCAGCUGAGGCCAUCUGCAGAGAUGUUGCUGCAGACUAAUUAUUUCCUUCAACCGCCAUAUCACAAUGACCAGCUAGUGUCCAUACCAUCAUCUUCAGCUUGUAUGCUACCACCUGCACACUCACAGGCAGCCAUAGGACAUACCAGUGUUAUCACUCCACCAGACCUGCAGAGGCCACCCCCACCGCUGCCCAGUCAAGUUCUUCACCAUGUAGCAUCUACAAGGUCCACCUUUUCCAGAGAGGCCAGUCCCAGUUUCUGUCAUGACCACAAAAAUGCAUCCUUACCUCCCUGCACUAUUCCAGAUGCCUUUGCAAGUUCUGAUUCUUCCUGUAGUCAAAUCCCACCAUUGUCGUUUCCUGCAAUGUCCAACCACAGACAGUUUCCACCACCCCUUCCAGGGUCUGGCAGGAUAAUAAGUGACAUCUUCAUGCCAGGCUCCCAAGGAUUAUGUGAAGGUCAUACAGCAGGAGGUUUCAAGGACACUUCAUUCCAGAAUCCAGACAGAUGGAAUGAACCCGAGCAGGGGGGUUGGGGAGACAACUGUUAUCAGGAGCGUGCCAGCCCAAGCUUGGAUCAUGGUGAUUUAGAAGUCGCAGGGAUCACAGAUGCUACGCAGGGGCACUUUGAGAUUGGAACUUUCUCCCUAGAGGAUAUAUGUGAUGCGCCAGGAGGAGGUGAAGCUAUCAAAGGAAGAAAAAUAACUCGUGAAUCUUCAGAUGAACGAAACCAGCCCAUUGAAAAUGGUGCAGAUUCUGUGGUGGAUGAGGAACAAGAUGAGUGGAACAGCUUAGCAGAAACAAUAGAAUCUGAAUCUGCCUGAGAUGAAGGCACUGUAAAAAAGAACAAGAAACUUAAAUCUUCACAAUGUGAUUAACUGCUCACCUUGGUCAGAAGAGAAAAUGUGCCAAGGUUUGACGUGGGUGUGAAUAUAUAUCCUCCACUUUCAUCAGCACUUUACAGAAGACUGCACAAAUGUGAAAUGUGAAAGAAUCCAGCUUAUCUGAAUCAGGGUGAUGUCUUCUGGUGUUGUGAUCAUGGUGCAUUUUUCAUGAUUUUCUAUAGUCUUGUAGACUAUUUCCAUGUGAUCUGUGCAAGCAUGUGCUAUUAAACAUCCCCCAUAGAGGUCACUGAACCCUGUCGUGCCCACCAAAAAUGUGUCAUGGCCUAUACAGAGUGUGCAAGACAGGUGUCUGUAGUUUUCUCUGAGCCAUAUCUGUUGCAGACAUAAAUUUACAUAUUUAUUUGCUGGGUAGGCAUUUAGCCAUCACUGACAUCCAAACAUCAGACAUUAGUUAUCAACAGCAGUGCGACCUAUGACAACACAGUAUUUCCAAGAUAUUCUUCCCAUUUCUCCUUUUUGGUCUAAAAGUGUGUCAUACCCUAUAUGACCUUAUAUGGAGGUUUUCUUGAAAAUGAAUAAUGUGAGUUUUUCUUGUUCAAAAUGUUAUGUAUUUUCUGUUCAAGAUCUGGUAGGCAUUUAUCUGCAAGGUUUUUUUGGGGUUUUUUUUUUUUUUUUGUAGGCUUGCUUCUAGAGAUAUUUUGACACCAGGUAGAGUUAUAUCCUGUGUUUAACCAAUUAACAGCAAGGGAUUUUUUUUUGGGGGGGGGAUGGGAGAGGGGGAGAAGAGGGAACAUGCCAAGACAAAAAGUGUCUGAAAAAAGAUUGUUGCACCUUUUUAAUGUAUUUUCUUUUAAUAUGUGAAUAAGAUUUGUGACUGGUCUAGUAAAUUUGAUGUGUAUUUGGAGAAAUGUGAGUAUUAUGUGGCUUGUAAUUGCACUUUUUUGGGACCACAGAUCAUUUGAACUUUAUUGUUCAGUUUGUUUCCACCAAACUUCGUUUUUACAUUUUGGGCAACAUUAUUUUAUUAACUUCAUUUUUUUCUGCACAGUCUAAGCAUUCUCUAAUGCUGCAUUUUUUUUUUAGGAGUUGGGAGUAAUAGAAUGUUAUGUUUUGUGUUUCCUGAAGUGGCAAUCAUUACUUGCAUUCUGGUAACAGUAAAUAGCAAAAUGAAAACUUUAAGAUUUUAGGACUUCAACAAAAUCAACUGCAGUCGGUUAACACUUGCAGAGCUCCAUGCCAUUAAAUUAGCUAAAACAUGGAUGACUGAGCUACUGAAGAAAAAUAGGGCAAUUACAAAAGAUAAAUUUAUAAAAGUUACAUAUUAACCACAAGGGAGAGGGGUUGGUUGGUUGUAUCAGCAACUAAGGCCAUAUAUCACUGCAAAAAGGGGGAUAGGGAAUCGGUAUUGGCACCAGUACACACUUAAGUAUUUUCACCAUUUUUUUUUUUUUAAAGAACAUCAUUCUGUUCUUCUAUCAUGUUUUUAGUACACUGUGCCCUCUUUAACACAUGACAAACAUCGUCCUUUGGUUUUUGAAAAUGUUCUUAAUAAAGCUUCUGACAUGUCA